AUGUACAUUGCUAUUCUGGCUAUGGUGGAGUCCCAAAAUGGUGAAGAAUUACCCAACUAUGGGGAGAGGUUUCCUUGGGAUGUAACACAACAAGGUCUCAUACUCGGUGCUGACUUUUGGGGUAGCUUUGCCACAGCAAUUCCUGGAGCUUAUCUCGCUGAACGCAUUGGACCCAAGGUUGUUAUUGAAUUUGCCUUUAUCAUCAACACCUUCAUUACUAUUUUGUGCCCAAUCGCGGCUCAACAUGGUUUCAAAAGUAUCUAUGCUGCAAGGAUUUUGAUGAGUUUUCUGGGAGGUCCCCUCUAUCCUUGCUUCCAAAAUCUCAUUUCCCGCUGGAUUCCAGCUGAUGAGAAGGGAAAGUAUUUGGCAUGUUUGCAAGGUGGAAGUCUGGGAACUAUUUUUACAUGGCAGAUGAUUGGAUUCCUUGUCGAGGCCAUUGGAUGGCCAUGGGGUGGAUUCUACAUUCCUGCUAUGAUAACUGCAAUAGGUGUUGGUGAUUUUAGUAGCAUCUUCGGUAACGCCCUGUACGAUUGGCUCUCUCGCAACAUUUUCACAUCGCAAUUGUUGGGUCUCUCAAACGCUGCCAGUUCAGUUGGUUUCUUUCAGUGA